AUGCAGGUCGCAGACAACCCGGUCGUGAUGGGAGACAGGAACAAGGCGGCGCCGUGGUACUCGCCCGAGUUGAAAGUCUCCCUGGAAGCGCGCCGGAUGCUUGAAGAGUACGCCGGUAUCCCUCCGGACAAGGUUGAUGAUCACGUCCGCACAAUGCGGGACAAGAUCUGGGAGAUCUUCCCCUACCCGUGCAUCGGGGACUUCCACUUCCUCGAUUUCAACCUCGCCCAGCGGUCCAGCUACCCGCAGAUGAUAGCCGCGCUCCAGGAGCCGGAUGCGCGUCACCUCGAGAUCGCGUGCUGCGUCGGGCAGGACCUCCGACGGCUCGCCCACGACGGCGUCGACUCGGCCAAGACGGUGGCCGUCGAGCUCGAGCGCGGCUACAUCGAGGCCGGGUACGAGCUGUUCCGCGACCGCGACAGGCUUCGCACGCGCUUCGUCGUCGCCGACCUGCUCGACGACGGCAACGCCGAGCUGGCCGGGCUCGAGGGCUCCUUCGACACGGCGCACAUGGGGCUGUGCCUGCACCUGUGGAACAGGGAGGAGCAGCUGGCCGUGCUGCAGCGCAUGAUCCGGCUGUUGAAGCAGAGACCCGGGGUGAUGAUCGUCGGAGCCGCGGCGGGGCACAUGGACGGCGUCGAUGUGCCGGGCAUCGCCAACAAGCCGACGCUGAGGCACAAUCCCGAAUCGUGGGAGAAGCUGUGGGCGGAGCUGUCGGAGCAGACGGGGACCAAGUGGAAGCUCAAGACGGGGAUGACGGAGAAUGUCGGGUCCGAAAGGAGUUGGGAUAGGCCGGGGUGGUGGGAUAGGGAGAUGCGGUUCCUCACGUUCGAGGUCACCAAGGUCGAGUAA